AUGCUGACCGCUGAUCGCCCCCCAAGCACCACUUCACCAUCAGAUCACUACCCAAGCACCACCCAGGGGCUUCAUCACCAUCAAGUCACCACCGAAGCAAGACCCAAGGGCUUCAUCACCAUCAAGUCACCACCGAAGCACCACCCAGGGCUUCAUCACCAUCAAGUCACCACCGAAGCACCACCCAAGGGCUUCAUCACCAUCAAGUCACCACCGAAGCACCACCCAAGGGCUUCAUCACCAUCAAGUCACCACCGAAGCACCACCCAAGGGCUUCAUCACCAUCAAGUCACCACCGAAGCACCACCCAAGGGCUUCAUCACCAUCAAGUCACCACCGAAGCACCACCCAAGGGCCUCAUCACCAUCAAGUCACCACCGAAGCACCACCCAAGGGCUUCAUCACCAUCAAGUCACCACCGAAGCACAACCCAAGGGCUUCAUCACCAUCAAGUCACCACCGAAGCACCACCCAAGGGCUUCAUCACCAUCAAGUCACCACCGAAGCACCACCCAAGGGCUUCAUCACCAUCAAGUCACCACCGAAGCACCACCCAAGGGCUUCAUCACCAUCAAGUCACCACCGAAGCACCACCCAAGGGCUUCAUCACCAUCAAGUCACCACCGAAGCACCACCAAGGGCUUCAUCACCAUCAAGUCACCACCGAAGCACCACCCAAGGGCUUCAUCACCAUCAAGUCACCACCGAAGCACCACCCAAGGGCUUCAUCACCAUCAAGUCACCACCGAAGCGCCACCCAAGGGCUUCAUCACCAUCAGGUCACCAUCCAGGCACCAUACGAGGGCCGGCGAGGAGGACGAGCGAGAGAAGGAAGGGACGGUUAUGGUAUGA